AUGCCCACAACGAUCUUGCAAACCCGUUUACAGAAAUUCAAGCUGAUGGCUAGUGAGUGUGUGGUGGCCGGAAGCCCAACGAUGAGCCCAGUUAUGCACAUUCGCCGGAGAAAAACACUGCGGAUGCUUCUCAGCCACGGCGGGGGUGGUGGGAGGAGGCUGCCUGUGCAACAUGACGAUUGGUCUUCUGAUCAACGGGGGAACAGAAACGACGGGAUAUCGCUGGAAAAGAGGAAGAAGAAUUUUUUCAGCCAUAAGCUUAAGGACCUAUUUGCAUCCUCUCCGCCGGCACUUGAUGAGAGGGUUUCGGAGAAUGUAAAAGAAGAAAUUUUACCGCCGUUCGGUGGUGGUGUGAGGAGGAGAGACGGUGCUCGGUGGCGGAGGCCGGGAUCGGCUCUGUUUCGGCGUCGGUUGCUUAGGAGGGCUUGGCGACCUGUUCUCGUGACCAUACCCGAGUAA